AAUUGCUGGACUAUCGAGCUGACAGCCUGAAAAUGCAGACACUACGUUGCUUAACUGGUAUAUGGCUGCUGCUGCUCCUGGCGGCGUGCGUGUUAGGCGGCGCAGUGCCUGGUCAGGUGCCCGAGGAUGACGACGAAGACAUGCACCCCCAUCUGGAGGACAUUGCACGGACAGCACCUGAGCCCCGCAUCAAGGCAGAGAAAACACACGAAUAUUGGCACUCGGCCAGCAAGCAACACAUUCUGGACAAGCUGAGCUAUGAGCGCAACACCCAGCGUGCGAAGAACAUUAUACUCUUCCUGGGCGACGGCAUGGGACUGGCUACCUUGGCUGCGGCUCGCAGCUACAUGGGUGGUGAGGAGCUGAAGCUCGCCUUUGAGGAAUUCCCCUAUACGGGCCUCUCCAAGACCUACUGUGUGGACAAAAUUGUGCCCGACUCGGCGUCCACGUCAACGUCGUAUCUGUGCGGCGUGAAAGCAAACUAUGGCACCAUCGGCGUCAAUGCACACAUCAAACGUGGCGACUGCGUGGCCAUGGCCAACCAAACGAAUCACGUCUUCUCUGUGGCCAAAUGGGCAAUGGAUGCGGGCAAAGCCGCCGGAUUGGUGACCACCACGCGUGUCACACACGCCUCGCCAUCGGGCGUGUAUGCACAUACCGCCGACCGUGAAUGGGAGAACAAUGCCUUGCUGGAGGAGGCUUGCGGUGAACAGGCCAAGGGUCUGGACGACAUUGCGGUGCAGCUGAUCCAUGGCGAGGUGGGCAGCAAGCUGAAGGUUAUGCUCGGCGGCGGCAGACGUAACUUUAUGGAUCCCCAGUUCUAUGACAAGGGCCGACGCACUGACGGACGCAAUCUGGUCGAAGAAUUCGAGGCCAUGUCCGAACGCAACACCUAUGUGAAGAACCGCAAGAAGCUGCUGAAGGUGUCUGCCAACGAAACGGACCGCCUUUUGGGCCUGUUCACCAAGAGCCACAUGCACUAUCAUCUCGAGCAGCUGGCCGAUCCGGAGAAUAAUGAGCCCACGCUGGAGGAGAUGACAGAGAAGGCCAUUGAAAUGCUGGAGACCGAGGAGAAUGGCUACUUCCUGUUUGUAGAGGGCGGUAAAAUUGAUAUCAGCCAUCAUGAUACCAUGGCGCGCAUUGCGCUGGACGAGACCGCCGAGCUGUCCAAGGCCGUGGCACGUGCGCGCAAAAUGACCAGCGAGAAGGACACCCUGAUUGUGGUUACAUCUGAUCAUUCGCACACCUUCAGCUUGGGUGGCUAUCAGAAGCGUGGCAGCGACAUCUUCGGCAAGGCCAAGUCCAAGGGCACCGAUGGCAAACCCUAUCUGGCCCUGAGCUAUGCCAAUGGCAAGAGCUUUGAGACCUAUUACAAUACACAGACGCAUGAGCGUGUGGAUCCCAUGACGCUAUUCGCUGAGGACCCAGAUCCGGCCCAGCUGUUCCCGGCCACAGCUCCACUGGAGUCGGAGACGCAUGGCGGCGAGGAUGUUGGCGUCUUUGCUUCCGGUCCUUGGGCUCAUCUCUUCACCGGCGUGUACGAGCAGAACACCAUUCCACAUAUGUUGGCCUAUGCCGCGUGCGUAGGCGAUGGACAGAAAGCCUGUGAUUGAUUGACAGCUUGAAUGACCCUUAAUUUUAAUUAAAAGUCGUGCUCCUUGGAGGCGAUAGCAAACGAUU